AGAGACAGCGCGCGAGCGGAGGGAGAGGCAGGGACCGCGAGCAGGGCGCGGCGACGGGCGCACGGGCUGGCCCAAGCGGGCCGCCCCAAGCGGGCCAGCGCGGUCAGCGGGACGCCGGGGAGAGCCAGGGAACGAAGCGGGCCUGUCCGAGCCCAGGGGCGCCAGUCCCCGGAGGCCGUGGCGCACGGGAGCUAGAGGCCGAGGACGCGGGCGCGCAGACCGACUGACUUACUGACCGAUCGCCGCGGGCACGCCCCGCUCCACCCCGCCCCACCGCGCCCCGCGCCGCCUCCUCUGCUCGCUCUCUGCCUCUACCUUCUCCACUUCUUUUCCGCCUCCGCCUCCUUCUGGCUCCCCUGGCGCCAGAGCCUUCCCCUGGCUCAGGCGGGAGCCAGGGCUGUCUGCAGAGCUCUCGUAGAGUCGGGGGGCAAAAUCCCUUGUAGCAGAGAGCCAGCCCCUUGGCUGGGCGACAGGUGCCGAGGGAGCUUCUGGCCCGUGGACGGGGGAUGCGAAGGGGCUCCCUCCUGGUAUCUCUUUCUCAGUCACCUUGAGUCUGGCCUGAUCGAAGACUGAGGUUAUGAAGUCGAUCCUGGAUGGCCUUGCAGAUACCACCUUCCGUACCAUCACCACAGACCUCUUCUACGUGGGCUCAAAUGACAUUCAGUACGAAGACAUCAAAGGAGACAUGGCAUCCAAAUUAGGAUACUUCCCACAGAAGUUCCCUCUGACUUCCUUCAGGGGUAGCCCCUUCCAGGAAAAGAUGACUGCAGGAGACAACUCCCCGUUGGUCCCGGCAGGAGAUACAACAAACAUUACCGAGUUCUAUAACAAGUCUCUCUCGUCAUUCAAGGAGAAUGAGGACAACAUCCAGUGUGGGGAGAACUUUAUGGACAUGGAGUGCUUUAUGAUUCUGAAUCCCAGUCAGCAGCUGGCCAUCGCCGUCCUGUCUCUCACACUGGGCACCUUCACGGUUCUGGAGAACCUGCUGGUGCUCUGUGUCAUCCUGCACUCCCGCAGCCUCCGAUGCAGGCCUUCCUACCACUUCAUUGGCAGCCUGGCAGUGGCUGACCUCCUGGGAAGUGUCAUUUUUGUCUACAGCUUUGUUGACUUCCACGUGUUCCACCGUAAAGACAGCCCCAAUGUGUUUCUGUUCAAACUGGGUGGGGUUACAGCCUCCUUUACCGCUUCUGUGGGGAGCCUGUUCCUCACAGCCAUCGACAGGUACAUAUCCAUUCAUAGGCCUCUGGCCUAUAAGAGGAUCGUCACCAGGCCCAAGGCCGUAGUGGCCUUUUGCUUGAUGUGGUCUAUUGCGAUAGUAAUUGCUGUGUUGCCUCUUCUGGGCUGGAACUGCAAGAAGCUGCAAUCUGUUUGCUCGGACAUUUUCCCACUCAUUGACGAAACCUACCUGAUGUUCUGGAUUGGAGUCACCAGUGUGCUGUUGCUGUUCAUUGUGUAUGCGUACAUGUACAUUCUCUGGAAGGCUCACAGCCACGCGGUCCGAAUGAUACAACGUGGAACCCAGAAGAGCAUCAUCAUCCACACAUCAGAAGAUGGCAAGGUGCAGGUGACCCGGCCUGACCAAGCCCGCAUGGACAUUAGGCUGGCCAAAACCCUGGUUCUGAUCCUGGUGGUGUUGAUCAUCUGCUGGGGCCCUCUGCUCGCAAUCAUGGUGUAUGAUGUCUUUGGGAAGAUGAACAAGCUUAUCAAGACGGUGUUUGCCUUCUGUAGUAUGCUCUGCCUGCUGAACUCCACCGUGAACCCCAUCAUCUAUGCUCUGAGGAGCAAGGACCUGAGGCAUGCUUUCCGUAGCAUGUUCCCUUCAUGUGAAGGCACUGCGCAGCCUCUAGACAACAGCAUGGGGGACUCAGACUGCCUGCACAAGCAUGCCAAUAACACAGCCAGCAUGCACAGGGCCGCGGAAAGCUGCAUCAAGAGCACUGUUAAGAUCGCCAAGGUGACCAUGUCUGUGUCCACAGACACGUCUGCCGAGGCUCUGUGAGCCCGCUGCUUUUGUGGCUGCACAGAAAACGAAUUUUUAUUUUAUUUUAUUUUAUUUUAUUUUUUAUUUAUUUAUUUUUUUUUUAGCUUACAAUUUAGAAGUCUGUUGUCUCAUCGGUUAUAUAUUUUUAUUUUAAGUUUACCACGUUUAGUAAAAUAGUGACUGUCACCAUGCUUACUUAGUUUGCUGACAUCUCAAUAGUUUAGGUACCUAAACUCCAUUCCCCAGGGGUUUACAGUAAGGAAAGCCUGUCGCUUCAGUUACUCGGCAGUCCUUCAAAGUCUCUGAAAUAGAAGGGAAAACUUGGGCUUCCAAAUCUGAAGCCUAACUAUCCAUAGAAAACCAUCAUGAAAUGAGUAAUGCCUUUGUAACCACAACUUUCAUGAUGCUGUGUCUGUCCAUAGUAUUAAAAAGAUACAUUUUUAUAAUAAGUAUAGUGCUAAAUUAGAGAUACUUUGUGACAUGUUCUCUGUCCUGUUAUGUGUCAGUGUUUACUGUGUCGUUUAUUUGUGUAGCUUAGCAAAACCAGAAUUUAGCCCUCAUAAGAGCGAUGGCAUACAGGGGUGGAUGUGUAGCAGAGUGACCCCUGUUUAGAUAGUGUUACUGUCCAUGAUACAAUUUUAGAAACUUAAGUAUUUCUUCCAAUAUCCGUAUCUAAAGUUAAUAUUGAAAUAAGCAUAAAAGUUUAUUUUUCUGUUAAAACAAGAAGAAUUUGAAGACUGUUCAAAGUAUUGAGCAGAUUCAUGGACACUAAAACUGUGUUAGGACUGCCUUUUCAUAUGAGGACAUUUCCUAUCUUCUGGACCACAGCUGUUCAGCUGGGUAAUGGAUUAUAAUCAGAAUGGAAAAGAGAAAGCACAUUGACUUUUAAGGCUAACACUCUGACUUUCUGCAGUCGUUAGCUAUAACUGGACCUUUUAAGACAGCAUGUGUCAAUCUUAGUGUAUACUGUGAUCACUGUGCAGUUGCUGUUUACUUGAUGUGUAUUGCAUUGUUAUGUUUUGGAUUUAAGUAGAUUCCAGGCCUGGAUGGCCAAAAAGAUAAAAAAAAAAAAAAAAGUUGUCUUUUUUUUUUUUUUUUAAUUGAGAAGAAAUAUUGUCUGGCUCAGUACAAUUGUAAGUGUGAUUGUAAAUGUGUAUGUGUGUGUGUAUGUGUGUGUGUAUUCUAUCUUGUAACUGUUACAGCCAUGUCCCCACACUAGAAAACUGACCAAGUGUGAACCGUACCACUUGCUGCACUCUUGCUCAUGAAUUUAGUUUCUACAAUUGAGCUCUUCAUGAAAUCCUGUUUAUAAUAAUUCUGACUACAACUUUGCAGAAGAAUCUUCCCAUCUAGGAGACUGGAUUUAGUAUUCUAAUGACACUUAGGUGUUCCGUAAGGCUAGUGUUCAGCAAGAAGUAGUCAGUAAGAGGUGCCAAAAAGUAGAGGAAUCUCCCAAGGAGAGGCGAGUGGGGGGGGGGGGGGAUGGUGAUCACCUACUAUUCAUCAAGUCCAUGGAAAUGGAAAUCAGUAAAGGGGGAUGGUUCUAAGACCUUCAAAAACAAACAAACAAAAAAAUCCUACAGUAGCAAGUUUCAGUGGUGCAUGUCAGUAGUGCAAUCUCAGGCUAAGUAGCACCAUACCAGUUCCCAGGUCCAGGCCAUUCCCUCACAGAGAGUGAAUAGGACAGAGGGUAUCUAUAACAAAUGGGCAGUGAAAACCUGAUGACAGCCCAGUACUUGGCUCUGUUUAGAUAUAUUUGUGCUAAGGAAAAGGCAGUGCCUCCACUUGCUGGUAUCAAGAUGUGCCAAAUCAUAAAGAUGAGGGUGGCUAGCUUCUGAUUGACAUCUCUGCCACAGUGCUCAAAACUGGGUCCUUUUCCGAUAAAGAGAAGUAUUGCUUUUAAGAAUCCACUUAAUCUUGCUAAGUUCUACAUAGAGUCUCUCCUUGUACAGGUUCUCACCAGUCCCGAGGACUGCAUAGCAUGAAGUGAAGAGCUAGCCUCUGUGAUUUGUAGCAUUUGGGGUUUCCAGCCUAAUGAAGCAGUGGCUCUCCUUGCAAUCAAUGUGACCUGAGGGCCAAGCUAGGAUAUAUCUAGAUUGCCUGCUGAGUCUCUUGCUUUUCUUCUCUGUGCACAAAGGAGGACUCAGGAUGCUGGAGGAUUAGUAACUCUGGCAGAGAAGGGUAUUGAUAGAAUACCACCAGGGGCUAGGAAUUGCCAGUCUUGUCCUACAUCAACCUGAAUAUCAAUCAACAUAUCUCUAGCUACCAGGUAGUACCACCUUUUCUCACAGCUACAAAGACCUGGUAGGAAAUUAUAGAUAUAGGUGUUAAAAAAAAAAUCCAAGAUUCACUUUUAGAACUGUAUUUGUGUAAAUGCCAUUUUAGUGAUAAGAUUUUAUAGUAUAUUGAACUUUCAAGACCUAACUCAUAUUUAAUAAGCUAAGGGACAAUGGGGCUGAUAGCACUAAACUUGGUGCUUAUUGAUACUCUAAGAAAUAUCUCUGAAUAUCAUCAUGUGUGCGUUAAGCUACCUUCAUUUAAAAGGAUUUAAAAUUAGUUGGAUCCACUUUGGUUUUUCCCAUAUCAUUUCCUAACCCUAUUGACAAAAACGUUCUCCCCAGUGAGUAUUAGUCAUUAGAAUCACAUUCAUUAGUAUCAUUCAUUAACCAGCCCCUUAAUUAGAUUCAUUAAUUUAAAUGAUUUUAAUUUGAUCACUUAUACACUCUGGCAUCAGGGUUAUCUAUUUCCUUCUGACAUGUGUCCUGAACAUUCAUUCUUCAGCCAUUACUCACUUAAAAGGGGGCCAAUUCCCAAACCGCUUGACUUCAUCCAAAUAAAGACUCAGUCCUAGACUAAUAGUAUCAGUUAAACAAAGAGAGCUGUCUCUAACAGCCCCUAGUUUUUCAACUAUGUAUUAAAUAUAUGUAAAAGUAAAUGUGCAUCUGGGCAGCUUAGACAUAUGUCUGUGCCAGAUGAUUCCAAAGCUGUCUGGUACUUACUGUCAGGUUUAGCUGGUAUCAAAUGCCAAGGAGUUUUUGCUACCUAAACCCAUCUGCAGGAAAUAGGCCCAACUACCAGAUGAGAACUAGGUCUUUAGUAACCAUUCAGCUCACUAAUUUCUGCCGUUCCGUAUCCAUAACCAGGAUCACUAACAUCAUGCACAAAAUUAGAUUCCUCAUACUCUUGACUGUAUAUUUGUAUGAUAUUUUAAAAUCUCCUAAAUGGCCAUUCACAGUUGCUUUGCACUGGCCUUCUGAUAAAAUGCUAACACACCUAUUGUAAUAUACACAAAACAUUCUAUCUACUGAUUUGGACUGAAUGUAUGUACAUAGGUUUUACAAACAAAGUCAGAUGUUAAAGCAGUGGUUUACAGAUCAGUGAUUUUUCAGAUAGAGUUUCUUUCAUUUGCUGUGGAAUCUUUAAAAAGCACUCUUAGUGUGAACUUACUGAGCUCUAGGGGUCCUGGGGAUCAGAAUUCCCUAGAGAGGAAACCUUUUCUUGUAAUAAUAUGAACCAAGAUACUAGAUUAUCUUGAUUCUCACUUCAGUGUUUCAAGUGGAAAACGUAUCUCCUUAUUGUCUCUGUAAAUGGAACAUCCUUACUUUUCCUCUUAAAGAAUAUUGUGCUGUUAGAUGUUUGUUGAACUGGUAGCAUCAUUGAGACUGCUGUGACGUCUUUGUCAGUAAUCUGUAUAAUAUUUUGUAUACAAGUACUGGUAAGAUUGUUAUUAAAUGUAGCUCUGGUCAUUAAAUUACUAUAGCAAAGUAGUACUUCUGUAAUAUUUACAAUGUAUUAAGCCUACAGUAUAUUUUAUUUCGUUGAUGUAAUUUAAUUGUUAUUUAUUCAAGAGAAAACAGUUCAUCAUGUCUAUUGUCUAAAAUUACCUGGAAUCAAAUAAAAGUUCUAGA